UUAUGAAAGGAAAUGAAAUAUUUUCCACAUAACGUUGCUACAAAUUGAGCAGCGCAUUCAACAUUUCAAAGCGUUUAUAUUUGGCUUGCAACAUUUGGCAACCGCCGCGGCCGCAGACGUUGUCCCAGGUUACAUAAAAGGAUUUGCAGGCGCCAGCGCGCCAGGGCGAGUCAACACGCCACAGCACACGGCACCGCAGACAACAAACAAGCGGCAAAAACCAACUGCACAGCGGCAGCUGAAAUUGAUUGAAAAAACAACAACAAUAACAACAACAACAACAACAAAUACGGAGGGUGCCAACAACAGCAGAAGGAACUCAAGUAGCUAUCUAGAGCACGGCAACGUUUCAGCGUUUGAUGUGCAAACCUCAGCGGCAACCGGUAACCAAAUAAACACACACACACAAACACACUCGGGCGUUGAAGUAGCCAGAACCAAGUAAGUAAGGAGGACUGCCUUGGUAGCGCCGCCAUACCCAAUGUCUUACACCACGCGCAGUGGUUCGGAAAAGACCGCCAGUGCGUCUGUCCAUGAGGAUGUUAGCUCUUCGGGGGACAACGUCGACGUCGACGAUCCUCGGGUCGUAUGGCUGAAGACAAUCAUUGCCAAUCAGUUGGGUGUAUUCGAUCCGAUUUAUGUCAACACUUUGAUUGCCGAACAUAGGCAGGCUCUGGAUCAGUUUCUCAACAAGCGCUAUGAACGGCAGGCACAUUUGGAUCGCGUCAUCAUGUACGUGUGGCGCACGUUCUUCGACAGGCUCGUGGAGGAGGAGAUCACUGUGCUGGAGGAAGUGCCGCGAGCUUCGCUGCCGGAGAAAAAGGAGAAGAAAAAGAAAGGUGCUGGCAAGGGCAAGGGGCGCAAAAAAGGCGGACAGGAUCCGGAGCCAUCCACUGAACAAGCCGAAACGGAGGCAGCCGAAGCCACCGAUUUUGAGACAGAAGCCGAGGGUGAGGCCGAGGGCGAGGAGGAUGCCACCGUUGCCAGCAGCGCCAAGAGCUCAGCACGCUCCAAGCGCACACGUCGCAAAACCAAAAAGAAAAGCUACGUUCCGGUCUACGUUGAGGUUAAGAAAAUGGUUCCCGCAUAUGUGAAAACACCAAUACUUCAUUGUCACUUUGGCGAAAUGGAAUCUCAUAACAUGGAUCCGAAAAUAAGAUAUGUCUACAUAAUACGCAAGAAUGCUAGAGAAAUUCCCUGGUUCAAAGACAUAUCGCAAUGCUUUGCCGAGAUGCCAUUACUGUUCCUAUUGGGCUCCAUAAGGGGCAACCUCAUCGACUCACUGCGAGACACAUUAAAGAUGGUUUACAAAAGCGCCUUUCAAUUUCAAUUUCGCGAACCGGACACCGCGGACACCCAGCAAAUGGAGAGUAAUGACGCCCAGAGGGAGGGUGGCGGCGGCGCUGGCGAUGCCGGGGAGAAUGUUUCCAGUGAGGCCAAGGAAUCGGGGCCGGGUCUAUUGGAGCUAUCCAAACCAUCGGAAUUUCGUUUGAAAGCGCUUAAACAACAAAAAAAGAAAAAGGCUCUGGAAGCCCAGGCCAAGAAGCUGCAGCAGGCCAAAAAUGCAACAGGAAAGCCUCAAGGCGAAGCAGAUGAUGAGGAGGAAGACCAGAUGCAGCAUGCACCCGUCGAUGUGCCAUCAUCGUCUGAGGAAGAGGUGGAACAGAAACCUGAAAAGCUUACUAUUGCCGAGCGCUGGGAAAAGCUGCUGAAUGAGACCAAAGCUAAGGUGGAAGCGGAACAUAUUGCCGAGGAGUUAACCCCUCCACGCAUUAAGCCAAUACAGCGUCGAUUGCUCAAGGAGAUUGAGGAGUUCGAUAAUGAAAUCGUUUGGACUAUCAAUCAUAUUGUGUGGGCCUUCAAUCUGCCCUCGUCCUAUGUGCUGCCCGGUCAGGAGGAGACCGAAUUCGAAGAAGCGGUCAUACGCGUGCCGGUAGAUACCAGGAAGCUGGAGCUAAUACCCACUUACACUCAAGUACAGCUUGAGGAUGUGGUGGACGGCUGGAUGAAGUAUCUGAAUAAGACAAUGAAGUCCUUGAAAGAUAGCAAGCUGGAUGAGUUUACACCCAUGGCCGAGUAUCGCUACUGGCAUAAAAUGGAAAUUGAUCUGUAUGGCACACUGGAACAACUGAAAACAGAAUUUGUAUUGGCCGUGCUUAACCGACUAACGAACGAUGGCUCCGAGGUGAUAGCCGCUUGGAAUAAGGUGCUUGCCAAGACUGAGGAACGCUUCAAAUUGGCCAAAGAGAACGCAGACUACUUGGGCACCGUAACAGAUUACUUGGAGAAAAUACAAAACUAUGACAGCUUUAAAAUGGUCAUAAUGCAGAUACCAAAUGUUAUGGUCGGGCUGCGCCACAUCUGGACCAUGUCCAGCUACUAUUGUCGUGAUCCCGAAAUGCAAGUGCUGCUCUGUGAAAUCUCCAAUUUGUUCGUGCAGAAGGUUAAGAAAAUCAUCAAUUUUGACAAUAUUUUUCGCUAUUCUGCCUCGUACACCUAUGAGACGGCCAACAACUGUGCGAACUUGUUGCGCUGCUGGAAACAGGCCUACAAGGUGAGCCGUCAGCACAUUGAGGAGUCCGGUGCCGGCUCCCGCUGGGAGUUUGAUCGUGAAGCGCUCUUCAAGGAAGUGAAUCAUAUAUACCGCGUGUCCGUGGACAUUGCGUAUGUGGGGCGCGUGUUUAUACAGUAUGAGAAUCUGUUUGGACGCAAUCUCAAAGCACUGAUCACCGAUCCCGCCAUUGUGGAUAACCUAAUGCGUAAGAUCUAUCGAUUGCUGGACGAUCUGAUUCGCAGCGUGGACUAUGAUAUGUUCUUGCCCAGCAAUUGGGAGAACUGGGAGUACUCACUGGAGCAGUUCAAUAGACGACUCGAGAUGCUGGAAAUUGAGGCAAAGGCGGUCAUUGAUCAGAGCAUUAACUCACUGCUCUCAGCACAAAAGGGUAUCAAGCUGCUAAUCAAUGCAAACUCCAUAGAUACGCGCAAGGUUCUACAGGAGUUCGUCUCCACCAAACAUGAGAAUCUCUUACGAUUCUUCGUGAGCGAGAUUAACAACGUGGAAACUGUCUUCACGCAUCAUAAGAAAACUCCGCCAAUGGCAAAACUGCAACCGGCCAAAAUAAGCGCCGUCUGUUGGGCGCGUUUGCUGGGCAGAAAACUAAAAAAUUCUGUAUUGGCCUUCAAGACCGUGGAAGACGAUCCGGCUAUGCAGAACAGCUUUCUGAAGCGCAGCGCAUUCAAGCAAUAUUUCGAAUUGAUGACCGUCAUGUACCAGUUCGAGAAGAUACUCUUCGAGAAAUAUAUGCAAAACUCCACUUUUAUAAUAAACCAUACCAAUCGCUCAUGCAUAUUGCAUAUACAAAUAUGCAAGGAGGAAACCAUGAAUUACAUAUCGGAAGCCACGCAAACACUGAAGGCCAAGAGUCGGGGCAAUUCAGUAUUGCAAGUGCAUAAUUCACAAUAUGGCGGUAGCUUGAGCUUAAUGGAAAUGGAUUCUGAAAACAGUCUGCAUGGACAACUCUCGAUGAGCUUCUUAGAGGAGGACGAAGGGGAUAACACACAAGCUGCUGUAGAUGCCGCUCAAAUAGGUGUCAUGUGCAAAAUCAAUCGAUUCACGGUACUCACCGCGAUGAUCAUGUGGAUGGUGGGCAAGACACGUCAUGCGAACCUGCAGCUGAGCAAGGCAAACUCCUUUUUGGCUAACAUGAGGGAGCGAAAACCAAAGGAUAUCACAGCACGGGAUCGGGAGUGCAUGCAGACAUGUGAAGUACUCAUACGCGCGGAAUCUCAACAUUUGUUGCCAAUCUGGCGAGAACUUGUUGGUGAAAAGGUUCUGAUCGAGUACGACAUGCACUUUGUAGUUAACUUGAAUCGCGAAGUGUUCGACACAAUGUUCGAGGGUCAGCUAUUUGAGCAGCUGGGCUUUACGCUUCCCACGGUGCUGCGCACUGCCAUUAUGAGAAAAGACAUUCUCUUCAAGGACUUUGAAAAGCUAUCCGAGGUCAUCAAUCAAUAUAAUGCGCUUAUUAGCAAUUUGUCCAUGUCCGAAGUGGUAUUUUUGCGUGAGCACAUCUACGACACGGAGCUUUUCAUACAGAUGGGCGUGGGUCGCUACACCUGGAUAUCGUUCAAUAUUGGCAAGUUUUGUGACCAGAUCAAUUCACAGCUGCGAAAAUUGACUUCGAUUGUAUCGCAAAUCAAUUUUAUACGCAUGGACUUGCGCAACCGUAUUGAUCAAAUCCAAAAAUAUAAUCUGUUUAACCUGGAUGACGAAGUAUCUGAUUCAAAAGAAUCCAUAACAAGCACAAUGCCUAGCCAUAGCAUAACCCAUGACUCCAUGAAAAGUUCAAUGGUGCGCACCUUCAAGUCAACGACCGGCGAGAUAGUUACAAUCAUGCAGGCCGAGGAAGAACAAGAUAUUCAGAAAAUUAAUCAAGAAAUUGCCUGUGGUACGGGUGUAUACAGCUGUCAAGGAUAUUUCGAGCUGCUGGAGUCGUCGCGUAAUCAGAAAGCGGCCCAAAUGAAAAAGCUUUACGAUUCCCUGGGUCCGGUGCUCAUUAAACUAGAGAGCUUGGUAUUGGGCACAUUCACGGGCCGUUCGGAAAAAAUGCGUAAUUACUACGAGUACUGGGAGGAGGAGACCUAUAAAUGUAUUAUUGACAUGACAUAUAGCAACUUAAAAUGUUAUAUCAAUCGUCUGCUAUCGAAGGAGCCCAUGUUUGAGGUGAACGCUGUGUUGCUCAUGUCCGAAAUUGUGCUGGAACCGUCGGCAAAUGAACUCCAGAACAUCAUUAUUACCGCAGCCAAGGAUUAUCUGACACGCUUGAAAAUAUUUACACGCUGGAUGAGUGGCACCUGCCUCAACUGUCCGCUUAUUGAUGCCGGCUUAUCGUGGAAAUAUAAUUAUACAUUUUACGAAGAUGUCGUGAGCAUCAAGGACAUAGUGAAUCUGGUCAUAAACGUACACGAAUUGGCCGCAAAAGUCGUGGCCGAAGCAAAAGGCUUUGUGUCGCAAUUUCGCAAGUACUUCAAUCUGUGGGCCUUCGAGAAGGAAAUGAUAUGCCAAAAGUUUGUGGAACGCCAAGUGACACUGGUCGAAAUCGAUGAGAAAUUUACAUUUUACUCGACCAUUGUGGAGACCCUGCAGCAAAUGCGCCAGCAUCAUGACGUCAGAUGUGUGCGCAUAAAUUUGAGCCCAUUACUGGAAAGCAUCAAACAACACGCCAAGGAUUGGUGUACAACACUGGGCGAGGUGCUAUUGCAGCAUGUCAACGACAAUAUGAGGUCUAUGCGAAGCGAAAUCAAAUUGCUGAGCAUGAAUCUUAAUAAGACCACACGCGAGUUGGAGGACUUUAAGCUGGUCAUGCAAACCAUCGCCACCGUCCAGUCGUCAACGUUGACUAAUGAGCAGAAAAUACACGAGAUGCAGGAAACCUUCACAGUGCUAAGUGAGCACCAAAUUAUGUUCUCGUAUGAGGACAUGCUGAUGGCCCAUCAUCUGGAGAAACGCUGGAAGCGUCUAUUUCUAUCGGCGCUGUAUCGUUCGGAGAAGCUGCAACCAAUUAAGCAAAAGUUCGCGGAGAUGACUUCCGUAGAAAUCGACGUUUUCUGCGACGAUCUGGAUGAAUUCAUCAAGGAUUGGGACGAAAACGGACCUGGCUCCUGCGGCCCCGAGCUGGAGCGAGGCGUACGCUUGAUGGAUCCGUAUGGUCAAAAAGUAAAUGAACGAGAACUGAGGCGUCAGGAGCUGGCCAAUGCCGAGCGUCUGUUUGACAUGCCCAUGGUGGACUAUCAUGAGUUUGCACGCGUACAAUCCGAGUACGAGGGCUUGCAGAUGAUCUACAAAUUGUACAGAUCCCAAAAGAAUGGCCGCGAGAUCUGGGGCAAGACACUGUGGGUCGAUUUGGAUCCCAAUUUCCUGACCGAGGGCGUUGAGAGCUAUCUGAAGGAAUUUCGUAAAAUGCCCAAAGCGGUGCGCCAGCUGCCCACAGGCCAGCAGCUGGAGAUCCACAUGAAGCAGUUCAAGGCCACGGUUCCGCUGAUGGUCAGCCUCAAGCACGAGGCAUUGCGCGAGCGACAUUGGCUUCAGCUAAUGGAGAAGACGGGACAAUAUUUCGACAUGUCGCCCGCACGCUUCACGCUGGACAAUAUGUUUGCCAUGCAACUGCAUAAGUAUCAGGAAAUCGCCGAACAGAUCCUCACCAACGCUAUCAAGGAGCUGCAAAUUGAGCGAGGCGUACGCGCCGUGGAGGAGACAUGGGGUGCGAUGACAUUCAAGGUAAACAAGCACUUCAAGGGCAUGGAGGACCGCGGCUGGAUAUUGGGACCAGUUGAUGAAAUAACGCAAGUGCUCGAGGAUAAUGCCAUGAACUUGCAGUCAAUGGGAGCGAGUCAAUUUAUUGGCCCUUUUCUGGAGACCGUCAACCGAUGGGAACGCGCACUGGCGCUCAUUUCAGAAAUCAUUGAUGAGUGGCUGGUCGUACAGCGAAAGUGGCUUUACUUGGAGGGCAUCUUCAUUGGGGGCGACAUACGCACACAGCUGCCGGAGGAGGCGCGCAAGUUUGACGACAUUGACAAGUCGUACCGCAGAAUCAUGGUCGAUUGUGCCAAAAAUCCGUUAGUGGCGCCAUUUUGUGCAGUGCCCGGACGUUUAUUGGAUAUACAAAGUCUGGGAGUUGGCUUGGAAAAUUGUCAGAAGUCGUUAAACGAAUAUUUGGACUCAAAGCGUCGCAUUUUCCCGCGCUUCUAUUUCAUAUCCACCGAUGAGCUGCUCUCGAUUUUGGGCAGUAGCGAGCCAUCUGCAGUGCAGAACCACAUCAUUAAGAUGUACGACAAUAUCAAGUCGCUGCGCCUGGUGAAGGAGGGCGCUCACACAAUUGUUACCGCCAUGAUAUCCAGCGAGGGCGAGGUCAUGGAGUUUCGCGUUUUCACCCGGGCGCAGGGUCGCGUGGAACAUUGGAUGAACGAUGUGCUGGACGAAAUGCGCCGUUCGAAUCGCUAUAUAACCAAGACGUGCAUCUACGACUUCGGCACCGAUCUGGUAAUUUCAAGACCGGACUGGUUAAUGAACUACCAGGGCAUGGUAGGCCUGGCAGCCAGCCAAGUCUGGUGGACAGCCGAGGUGGAGGAGGCGUUCGAUCAAGCCCAAAACCACGGCAACAUGCGUGCCAUGAAGGAUUUCCUCAUGAAGAGCAACUAUCAGAUUGAGGAGCUCGUACUGAAAGUGCGCUCCAAUCUAUCGCGCAACGAUCGUCUCAAGUUCAAGGCGAUCUGCACCAUUGAUGUGCAUGCCCGAGACAUCAUUGAUAACUUUGUGCGCGAUAACGUGCUGGAUGCCAGCGAAUUCAGCUGGGAGAGUCAGCUUCGUUUCUACUGGGUCAAGUUCUAUGACAACCUGCAUGUGCUGCAAUGCUCGGGUAGCUUCGACUUCGGCUAUGAGUACAUGGGUCUGAACGGACGUCUGGUUAUUACGCCGCUGACGGAUCGCAUCUACCUAACCAUUACCCAGGCGCUGCUCAUGAAUUUAGGUGGCGCACCGGCCGGACCCGCCGGCACUGGCAAAACAGAAACCGUCAAGGAUCUCGCUAAGGCCAUGGGCUUACUCUGUGUUGUUACCAACUGUGGCGAGGGCAUGGACUACAGGGCUGUGGGCACCAUCCUGUCUGGCCUGGUACAAUGCGGUGCCUGGGGCUGUUUUGAUGAGUUCAAUCGUAUUGACAUAUCGGUGCUCAGUGUCAUCUCUACACAGCUGCAGACCAUACGCAACGGUUUGAUACGCAAGCUCAAGCGUUUUGUGUUCGAAGGCGUUGAGAUCAGUCUGGAUCCCAAGUGCGGCGUCUUUGUCACCAUGAAUCCAGGCUAUGCGGGCCGCACUGAGCUGCCCGAAUCGGUGAAAGCUCUAUUCCGUCCUGUGACCUGCAUUAAGCCGGACCUGGAGCUCAUUUGCCUGAUUUCGCUGUUCUCCGACGGCUUCCUCACGGCCAAGGUGCUGGCCAAGAAAAUGACAGUGCUCUAUUCGCUGGCUCAGGAGCAGCUCUCCAAGCAGUGCCACUACGAUUGGGGUUUGCGGUCUCUCAACUCUGUGCUGCGCAUGGCUGGAGUCAUGAAGCGUCAAUCGGAGGAUCUGCCCGAGGCGGUGGUCCUGAUGCGCGUGCUGCGGGACAUGAAUUUUCCCAAAUUCAUAUUCGAAGAUGUGCCAUUAUUCUUGGGCCUUAUCAAGGAUCUGUUUCCUGGCAUUGAUUGCCCACGCAUAGGCUAUCCAGACUUCAAUGCGGCAACGCGUCAUGUCCUUGUCAACGAUGGGUACAUACUGCUGCCCGACCAGGAAGACAAAGUGGUGCAAAUGUAUGAGACCAUGAUGACCCGCCACUCGACCAUGCUUGUGGGCCCAACAGGUGGCGGCAAAACUGUUGUCAUAAAUGCCCUGGUCAAAGCGCAAAGCCACAUGGGCCUGCCCACCAAGUGCAUUGUGCUUAACCCUAAGGCUUGCUCGGUAAUUGAAUUAUAUGGUUAUUUGGAUAUGGAGACGAGAGAUUGGAUCGACGGAUUAUUUUCAAAUAUAUUCCGUGAAAUGAAUAAGCCAAUAGAGCGUGAGGAGCGCCGCUAUGCCUGCUUUGAUGGCGACGUGGAUGCACUUUGGAUUGAGAACAUGAACUCUGUUAUGGAUGAUAACAAGCUGUUAACAUUGGCGAACGGGGAGCGCAUACGCCUGGAGAACUAUUGUGCUCUACUCUUUGAGGUGGGCAAUUUGUUUUAUGCCUCCCCAGCUACCGUCUCGCGUGCCGGCAUGGUCUAUGUGGAUCCCAAGAAUCUGCGCUACAGUCCGUACUGGCAGCGUUGGGUACUGACCCGGCCGGAGCCACAGCGAGAGAUGCUUAACAAUUUCUUCGAGAAGAUUAUUGUGAAUGCCAUAGCGUUCAUAUUGGAAGGUGUGGACGGCACCACGCAAGGCAAUCCCCUGAAGAUGGUUAUUAUGCAAACAGAUCUCAAUAUGGUCACACAGUUCUGUAACUUGUAUGACGCACUGCUGCCCACAUAUGGACCGCCCGAGAACAAGAAUUCGGAUGAGCCUGUGCUCAAAGUCUACAAUAUGGACAGCUUGGAGUGUUGUUUCUUGCAGGCUGUAUAUGGUUCACUCGGAGCCUGUCUGCUUGAGAAGCAUCAGAUCAUUUUCGAUGAGUUCAUGAAACGCAUUGCCGGAUUCCCACUGGUCGAGGACACGCAGAAUUCGCCCGCCGAAGGCGGACAGUUUCCCCAGAACAAGCCCACUCUGUAUGAUUAUUUCUGGGAUGUGAAGGAUAAUUGCUGGAAGGCCUGGGAGUGGGUCGUGAAGCCGUACGAGCAUGAUCCAGCCGUCAAGUUUAGUGAAAUUCUCGUACCCACCGUGGACAAUACACGCACCAAUCGGCUGCUUGGCCUCAUGAGCGAUAUCAAACGACCCGUUCUGCUGGUGGGCGAGGCUGGCACAUCAAAGACGGCUACUAUCAUGCAAUAUUUGCGCAAUCUCAAUCCGUCUGUCAAUGUCAUACUCAAUAUUAAUUUUUCAUCGAGAACCUCGUCGCUGGAUGUGCAGCGCACAUUAGAGGCGGCUGUCGAGAAGCGCACCAAGGAUACGUAUGGCCCACCGAUGGGCAAGAAAAUUGCCUGCUUUAUUGAUGACAUGAACAUGCCGCAGGUGGAUGACUAUGGUACACAGCAGCCCAUUGCGUUGUUAAAGUUGUUCUUUGAGCGGGGUGGCAUGUACGACCGAGACAAGGAUCUCAACUGGAAGAAGUUUAAGGAUAUGACGUUCUAUGCCGCCAUGGGCACCGCUGGCGGCGGUCGCAACGAAGUGGAUCCGCGCUUCAUCAGCAUGUUCUCCACUUACAACAUCAUAUUCCCCAAUGAUGAGUCGCUCAUCCAAAUCUACUCGUCCAUCUUUAAAGGCCAUUUAACAUAUUCAAAGUUCCAGCAGCGCUUUAUGAUGGUUGCCGACAUAAUUGUCGUGAUGACUCUCAAGUUAUUCAAGAUGGUCAUUGUAGAUCUGCCGCCGACGCCAUCGAAGUUCCAUUACAUUUUUAAUCUGAAGGAUCUGUCGCGCAUCUUUGCCGGCAUGCUUUUGAUUCAUCCCGAGAAUUUCAAGGGCCUUCGAGAGUUCAUACGUGUCUGGCGUAAUGAGUUCACCAGAAUAAUAUGCGAUCGUCUUAUUUCGCAAGCGGACAUAGCCAAUGUGCGUCGCAACUUGGCCGUCGAGGUGGAAGAACGUUUUCCCCCCGAGUUUGAGGAAGAACAUGGUUUCAUUGACUUGGAAGCCGCAGCAGCAGAAGCACAGGCUCGACUACUAUACGAUGCGCUUGCCGAAGAUGCUGCCGCAGCACAAGAAGAGGAAGACGAAGAGGAGGAAGAGGAGGGUGAUGAGGGCCCAGAGGUGAUUCUGUCGCUGAAGGACUUUGUGCUGCGUGAUCCAUUGGUUUUCGGCGAUUUUCGCAAUUUCACCAACGAAUCUGAGCCGCGCCUCUACGAAGAUCUCAUAGAUUACAAAGCGGUCUACACUUUAUUCACCGAGAUCUUGGGCGAAUACUGCGAACGCAGACAAAAAAUGACGCUAGUUUUGUUCGAGGAUUGUUUGGAGCAUCUGACUCGGGUGCAUCGCACACUGCGCAUGAAUCGCGGUCAUGUGCUGCUCAUUGGCGUCGGGGGCUGCGGCAAGAAGUGUGUCACUCGCCUUUCGGCCUUUGCGGCCGAGUGCGAGGUAUUUGAAAUCACAAUUUCCCGUGGCUACAACGAAACCUCGUUCCGCGAGGACCUUAAAGUAUUGUACAACAUCGCUGGAGUUAAGCGCAAGAAGGUCGUGUUCCUGUUUACAGGCGCACAGAUAGCCGAGGAGGGCUUCUUGGAGUUGAUCAACAACAUUCUAACGGUGGGCCAAGUGCCUGCAUUAUUUGCAGAUGAAGAUAAAGACGGGAUUGUCAAUCAUGUGCGAAAGUAUGCCGAAGAGGAGGGUCUUUCUGCAUCCAAAGACUCUGUUUGGGCUUAUUUCCUGCGCACCUGCGCCGAGAACUUACACGUGGUACUCUGCAUGUCUCCAGCUGGCGAUGCCCUCCGCAAUCGUUGCCGUAGUUUCCCCGGUCUCAUUGGCAGCACGUACAUAGAUUGGGUAUUCCCCUGGCCCAAGCAGGCGCUCUAUGCUGUGGCAAAGCUGUUUCUCACCGAGCACCCCAUGAUACCUCCGCUGCACCGCGAGGCGAUCAUCGAGCAUGUGGUGCACGUUCAUAUGACCAUUCAAGACUAUUCCAAGGACUAUCAAACGAAGCUGAGGCGUAGUAAUUUUGUAACUCCCAAGCACUACUUGGACUAUAUCAACACCUAUCUCGGAUUACUGGAGGAGAAGCAUAAGCACAUCAUGCAACAGCGCGAACGUCUUGGGGAGGGUAUUAAGAAAAUUGAAGAGGCUUCUGUGCAGAUCGACGAGCUGCGCAUUAUAGUGACAGAGCAGAAGAAAAACGUUGCCAUUGCAGCAGAGGAGUGCGAGGCCAUGUUGGUUACCAUAGAGUCUUCCACGCUUAAGGCAAACACCAAAAAGGCCGAAGCGUCUGAAAAGUCCGUCGAGGUGGAAAUUAAGGGCAAGCAAAUUGCCGUCGAAAAGGAGGAGGCUGAGGAGAUAUUGGCUGAUGCAAUGCCAGCGUUAGAGGAAGCGCGUCGUGCGCUUUCCGAACUAGAAAAAGCCCAGAUCACUGAGAUUCGUUCCUUUGCCACGCCCCCGGCCGCCGUGCAGGUUGUAUGCGAGUGCGUUGCCAUAUUGAAGGGCAUCAAGGAGAUCAGCUGGAAGAGUGCCAAGGGAAUGAUGAGUGAUGUGAACUUCCUUAAGAGCUUAAUGGAAAUGGAUUGCGAGGCCUUAACUCAGAAGCAAAUCACCUCCUGUCGCACCCAUAUGAAAACACAAAAUCUCGAUGAUAUGGGAAAAAUUUCGGUAGCCGGAGCGGGCUUGUUAAAGUUUGUGAAGGCGGUGCUCGGCUUUUUUGAUGUCUACCGCGAGGUCAAGCCGAAGAAAGAGCGCGUCGACUUCCUGGUUGAGGAGCAGGACGUGCAAAUAAAGCUGUUAAAUCAUUUGAACUCUGAGAUUCAAAAGCUGGAGGAAAAACUAGAUGAGCUUAACCAGCACUAUGCCACCUCCAUGAAGCAAAUGCGGGCUUUGACCGAGAUGAUGCAGCAGGCCGAACGCCGCUUAAUUGCAUCCGAUAAGCUGAUCAGUGGUCUUUCUUCUGAGUUAAUACGUUGGAGCGCUGAGAUGGCCAGCCUGGGUCAGCAGCUGAUCGACAGCGUUGGCGUUUGCCUCAUCAGUGCCUCGUUCUUGGCUUAUACAGGUGCCUUCACAUGGGAGUUCCGUAAGACUAUGGUGUUCGACGACUGGCUGGAGGAUAUCGUUGCGCUGGGCAUACCAGCCAAAUUGCCACUGAAAAUUGAUAGUUAUCUUACCACCGAUGUUGAGAUCUCGCAGUGGUCCAACGAGGGCCUGCCGCCCGAUGAGCUAUCCAUUCAGAACGGCAUUCUAACGAUGCGUGCCUCGCGUUUUCCACUCUGCAUAGAUCCUCAACUACAAGCGCUGCAAUGGAUUCGCAAAAGGGAAUAUCGUAAUAAUCUCAAGGUGCUGUCUUUUAGCGAUUCGGACUUCCUAAAGCAGCUGGAAAUGGCCAUAAUGUAUGGCUUGCCUGUACUAUUCGAAGAUGUGGACGACUACAUCGAUCCUGUCAUUGAUGACGUUCUGCAAAAGAAUAUUCGUGUUCAGGGAGGCCGCAAGUUUACCAUGCUGGGCGAUAAGGAAGUCGACUGGGAUCACAGAUUCCGACUCUACUUGACCACCAAGUUUUCCAAUCCCAAAUUUGAUCCCGCUGUUUAUGCCAAGGCCUUGGUUAUCAACUACACAGUAACCCAGACGGGUCUGGAAGAUCAGCUGCUUAGCGUUGUGGUUGGCACAGAGCGUCCUGAUCUAGAGCAGCAGCGAUCGGAUCUUAUAGCCCAAACCAGCGAGAAUAAACAGCUGCUGCAGCAACUCGAAGAUUCACUCCUGCGCGAGCUGGCCACUUCAACGGGCAACAUGCUGGACAACGUCGAGCUGGUCGAGACUCUGGAGAACACCAAAUCCAAGGCCGGCCUUGUCAUGGAGCAGCUCAAGCUGGCCAGCGACACUGCCGCCGACAUUGAAAUCCUACGCAACGGCUAUCGAGCGGCUGCCAAGCGCGGCGCAGUCCUCUUCUUCGCUCUCGCCGACAUGGCCACGGUGAACAGCAUGUAUCAGUAUGCGCUCGCCGCCUAUCUUGAUGUUUUUGUUUACUCGCUGCGUAAGGCUGUGCCGGACACGGUGUUGGCCAAGCGUCUAAACAACAUAAUCAAGACACUGACCGAGAAUGUCUAUUGCUAUGGCUGCACGGGCAUCUUUGAGCGGCACAAGCUGCUCUUCUCCUUCCAGAUCGCCACAAAGCUGGCGCAGCGUGAUGGAGUCCUGUCGCAGGCGGAAAUUGAUUUCUUUAUCAAGGGCAGCAUCGCGUUGACAAAGAGCGAGCGCAGUAAUCCCACAAAAUGGCUGCCUGAAAAGAGCUGGGAGGAUGUCCUCAAAUUAGCCUUUGAUUUUCCGGACACGUUUGGCUCUCUGCCAGAUCAUUUCAGUCUCAACUUGACAGAGUGGAAGCAGUGGUACGACUUGGAGAAUCCUGAGGAGGUGGAAUGCCCCGGCGAGUACAACAUCAAAUGCAAUGCAUUCCAGAAACUGCUGUUCCUGCGCUGCUUCCGUGUGGAUCGAAUUUUCCGUUGCAUAAAUCAAUACAUUGUGGAGACCAUGGAUGAAUUCUAUAUUAUGCCACCGGUAGUUAGCUUCUCCGCCGUCUAUGAGCAGACGACCGCCUCGAUUCCCGUUUGCUUCAUACUCAGUGCCGGCUCAGAUCCAACCAAUGAUCUGAUUAAACUGGCCGAUAUCGUACUCGGAGGCAUGGGCAGUUUCUGUCACAUUUCACUGGGCCAGGGGCAGGAGAAGACUGCAUUGACAAUGCUAGACACCGCCCUCAGACAGGGUCAAUGGUUGAUGCUGCAAAAUGGUCAUUUACUGGUAAAAUUUGUGCGCGAAUUGGAAAAGUAUCUGGACAAGGUCGAGAAUCCGCAUCCGGACUUUCGGCUAUGGAUUACCACUGAUCCAACACCGACAUUCCCCAUCGGCAUAUUGCAAAAGUCCCUAAAGGUGGUCACUGAACCGCCCAACGGCUUGAAGCUGAACCUGCGCUCGACAUUCUUUAAGGUGCGUCAGGAUCGUCUGGAGGCGUGCUCUCAUCGCGCCUAUCGUCCAUUAAUCUAUGUGCUCGCCUUCUUCCAUGGUGUUGUGCAAGAGCGCCGCAAAUACGAUAAGCUUGGCUGGAAUAUAGCGUACGAUUUCAACGAUACGGACUUUGAGGUAUGCACGGAGAUUCUGCGCAACUAUUUGAGCCGCUGCGCCGAGGAUAAGAUACCCUGGAAUAGUCUCAAGUAUCUCAUUGGCGAGGUCAUGUACGGCGGCCGAGUCAUUGACGAUUUCGAUCGACGCAUUACCAACUGCUAUAUGAAUGAAUAUAUGGGCGAUUUUCUGUUCGAUGUCUUCCAAUCGUUCCACUUCUAUGAGGAUGAGCACGUGGACUAUUGCCUGCCCGACGAGGAGACUGUACUUAAAGAGGACUUCAUUGCCCACAUUGACAAACUGCCUCUGGUCAAUAAGCCGGAUGUAUUUGGUUUGCAUCCAAACGCGGAAAUCGGUUAUUACACAAUGGCCGCGCGCAAUAUCUGGAACAGCCUGAUUGAGUUGCAGCCACAAACUGGUGAGGGUUCGGGCGGCAUCAGCCGAGACGACUUCAUCGACCUAGUGGCUGCGGGAAUACUGAAGAAAUUACCGCCCGCCUUCGAGACCUGGCGCAUCCGCAAACAAAUCCAAAUGAGUCUGUCACCCACAGGCGUGGUGCUGCUGCAGGAGCUGGACCGAUUUAACAUACUGGUGGUGCGCAUCAAGAAGACGCUGGAGCUGCUGCGCAAGGCCAUCGCCGGCGAAAUCGGCAUGGACAAUAUCCUGGACAACAUUGCCAACUCGUUAUUCAAUGGCCUGCUGCCAGCCUCGUGGGCCAAACUGGCGCCGGCCACAUGCAAGCAGCUGGCCAGCUGGCUGGAGCACUUAAAGAAACGCGCCGUGCAGUACAAGUAUUGGUCAAUAUCGGGCGAGCCGCUGGUCAUGUGGCUGUCCGGCUUACAUAUACCGCAGAGCUACCUCACGGCCCUGGUUCAGAUUGCAUGCCGCAAGAACGCCUGGCCCCUGGAUCGGUCCACGCUAUUCACCUAUGUGACCACCUACUCGGAGCCCGAUGACGUCGAGGAGCGCCCAGCGACGGGCUGUUAUGUGCAUGGCCUGUACAUAGAGGGGGCACGCUUUGACAUGCAGGUUGGCCAACUGAAGCGCUCGCAUCCAAAAGUUCUGGUCGAAGAGCUGGCCAUUCUGGCCGUGGUGCCUAUUGAAGCGCACCGGCUUAAGCUACAGAAUACAUACCUGGCGCCUGUGUAUACCACAUCGCUGCGACGCAAUGCCAUGGGCGUGGGUCUGGUGUUCGAGGCGAACUUGGCCACCUCCGAGGAUCUGAGUCAUUGGAUACUGCAGGGAGUGUGUCUAACAUUGAAUACGGAUACAUAGAGAUGGCGAUGAAAUGUGUUGAACGCAAUUAUCUGUAUCGUUAUCUAGAUGAACGCAAAUAAAUGUAUAUUUGCAAA